AUGAAUAUGGCCAUCAGUCAAGGACAUGAGAUUAGGCGACAGUCUUACCACGAGGGCCGACAAUAUUUGACUUGUAAAAGAGCCUAUAAGAGACGAGAAAAAAAUGCAGAGGUCAAAACAAGCCGGAAGUCCGGUUCAAUAAAGUGUAAAUGCCCUUUUGCGCUAUGGGGUAAAGAGGGUCGUGAUGGAUUAUGGCGCCUUACCAUCAAAGAUGGCAAUCACAAUCAUUUUCCUCAUAAAUAUCCACAAGGACUACGUUCGCUAAGUCGCCUGAGUGAAGAGCAACGAGAAGUGACAAAGAUACUGAAAAAGAGCCAUGUGAAGCCGAAGGAAAUUUUGCAUCAUCUGAGAGAGAUGAAUCCGGAUACGGCUGCGGCCUUGAGAGACGUGUACAAUGAAUCACAGAGAAUUAGACGAGAGGAAAUGAAAGGAAAAAAAAUAAUACAACAUCUGUGGCACGAACUAAGUGAGAGUGGAUACAGCAAAUGGCAUCGAACAAAUCCAGCUGGUGAUGCAGUGCAAGACGUUAUGUUUGCGCACCCUGAUUCAAUAAAGCUUUUGCAGUUAUUUCCAUACGUCAUCCUGAUGGAUUGCACGUACAAGACUAACAGAUAUGAAAUGCCUCUUUUGGAGAUCAUUGGGGUUACUCCCGUGGGAAGGAACUUCACUAUUGCCGUUGCUUUUAUGUCACGUGAAGAUGAGGACACUUAUGCAUGGACAUUGCGAUGUUUGCGAGACAUAUUACCAAUCGGGAUAGAACCAGAAAUGAUACUGACAGAUCGUGAGUUGGACCUACUGAAAGCAUUGCCAAACGUGUUUCCACAUUCGUAUCACAUGUUAUGUUUAUAUCACAUAAACAGAAACGUUGAGGCAAACACGUCAAAAUUCUUGGGUAACACCAAGUUGGGUGUACUGUUCCGGAGGACGGUGUGGGCAAAAUUAGUCGAAUCUGAGACUGAGGAAGAAUACGGAUGCAACUAUAGAGAGAUAAUUAGUUUGUACGGGCACUAUCCGAAGUUGAUAACUUACAUCAAUGAAACGUGGUUGAUUUAUAAGGAGAGAUUUGUUAAGUGUUGGACCAACAACAUCGUUCAUUUCGGUAACACGACAACUAACAGGGUAGAGAGUGCACAUCGUGCAUCGAAGCGUUGGAUCAAAACAUCGACUGGAGCUAUGGAUACAGUUCAAAAUGCACUAGAUGCGCAAGUUGACCUUCAAAUUAAUGAAUUGAAGGUGAAAAACGAGAGCAGUAGAACAGUCAGGAUGAACAGUACUUCACUGCCGUGCUUCGGUGCUUUGGUAUGUAACGUAUCACACAAAGCACUGGACCUGUUGGAUAAAGAGUACGAAAAGUUGGAAGAGAAUCCGGAUAGUUGCAACUGUUACCUAAGCCGAACCCACGGCCUCCCGUGUGCGUGUAUGAUUGCAGUUAAAAUUGCUGAGGGGGAUACUUUUUAUCCGCAACAGUUACAUCCAUUCUGGAGAACGUUGGUUGUCGAGCCGAAGUCGGAUCCAUGGGAGGACGAGGAGGAACCGUUUGAUCGCACAGUUGCAAUUAAGAAAGUUCUUCUCGAUGAGUUCGAGAAGUUAUCAAACAAAGAUUACAUGUCCCUAAAAAAUGCGGCCGACUAUUUACGGGACCUAAAUAAUCUUUCUUCAACGCAUUUACAAGAGCCGUCAUUUGUGAAGGCCAAGGGACGACCUAAGAAUAACUCAACGAAGAGGAACUUGUCCGGAUAUGAGCACAUGAUGAAUCGGAAAUCCGAAGUUAAAUCUUCUUCGGGCUCUAAGGGUCGCAAAACCCCGACCGAAGGGACGCCAGAGUCAAAACUUAAAGCUGGUACGCCAGAGUCAAAGGUUAAAUCGACGGAAGAAUCAGUUGUUACUGCCGGGGACCGGGUCAAUUUCUUUUCAUUCCUUCCUCCGUUUCUCGCACAGUCCGUAGCCUCAUAUGUUAAUGUGAGGGCCGAUGGAAAUUGUGGCUACCGGUGCAUAGCCGAAGUUGUUUACGUCAGUCAAGAGAGAUGGCCACAAGUCAUAACUGACUUGGUUGAGGAGUUUAUGGAGCGUUACAAUCUAUAUGCUACUAUUUACGGUGGGGAUGAGGGGGGUCGCAAUACAGUCGCUAAUUAUAUCUUGACAUGCAGUCAUGAGAGCGGACCGGCGCCACGGACGAAAUGGAUGUCAACAGAUAUGGGGUUGGCGAUCGCUACAAGAUACAACACAAUAGUAUUAAUAUUCACUGAACAGGGUAGCAUCACUUAUCUACCACUAGUUGGGAACCCCGCGUUAUCACGUAUUAUUCCUAUGUCGCUACAUAACGAUCAUUUUAUGAUCAUACGAGUACCGGUUUCAUGCCCUCUUCCUCGUCUCCAUCCUCAGUGGAGGUAUUUUGCAGCUCCCAAUUUACUACCUCUACGAGAUUUUUACGCGGAUCGACUUGCUUUUUGGACGACGUUGACUUCUAGGCAUAGGUAG